AUGGCAAUGGCGGAGGUCCAGCUGGACGAUUGCACAUCCCGCACGCUUCUUUUCCAGCAGGAAGUGAGGUCAUCGCACACGCCCCAUAUCGUGAGUAUGUCAGACGUCAAAGUCAAUGCUCAAGGCGAGUACGCUGUCGCGAAGAAGAGGACGAUCAUCAUAGGCCUUGCAUUCUACAAUGGAUGCAGCGGCGGUUGGAAGGACGAAUCUCAGGAAUGGAUUGCAGUAGAGCCUGGCAACCGGCUGCGAGUCUGCAGUCGCCACUCCGGGGUCGGACAGCUCCAGUUCUGGAUUAGAGGAAGAGUCUCCAGUGGUUUCUGUGCUGGAAUAUCGUGUAGCCAACCAUGA